AUGGGAGACAUUCGUCCGACACUGUGUCGACACUGCUUCGACACUUGUUCGGGUGCUCGAAAUCAUUUCUGGGAUGUGGUCCUUAAGCACGAUGGGAGCAGCGUAAACCUGCAUGUGGAGCCUGACCUUCGUAUGCAGCCUGGGUUGUCCAAGGGUGCGAGACGGAGGGCACGCAGAGGAGCUCUGAUGGUCCUCGUGCGGAGCCUGAUCUUCGCACACCUCGCGGUCGCGGGGAGCUUGCCCGCAGGGUGCAGUUGUACCGUCGCGAGGAACGUAUUCUUCGAGGGGGGCCUUGUCUUCAUGCGGAGAAUGUUCAUCGUGCGGAGUCUGAUCUUCGAGUGGAGCCUGACGCACAGGAGGAGGUGA